GCGCUGAUUGGUGGAAAGUUAGUGUGGGAAAGAAAGUUUGGGAAGUUUCACACGAGCCGCUCGCGUGCGGCCCGGGAUAUAAAUACAGGCGGCGGAGGCGAGCGCGCGGGCAGUCGGUCGGUGCGCGUGCGUCUUGUCUGCCACUUAUCACAGACAGACAGAGAGAGAGAAAGAGAGAGACAGCGCGUGACACUAACAACUCUUAAACACGCGUGGAUAACGCAGCGACCGGGGGAAUAACUUCCACUCCUGGAUUUUUCAUUCUUUUCCCCGUUUUUUUCCAUUUCAUCCUUUUUUUCUGAGGACGACAUUUUACGCAUUUUUUUUAUUUGUGGAUAUUUAAAAAUAAAUAAAUAAACAAAAACACCAAGAUGCCAGCUGACCCGAUGGAGAAGAACUCAUCGUCCCCGGUGGCUGCGACCCCCGCAAGCCUGAACAGCGUCCCGGACAAACCCAAGACCGCCUCCGAGCACAGAAAGUCAUCCAAACCCAUCAUGGAGAAAAGGAGACGCGCGAGGAUCAACGAAAGUUUGGGUCAGCUCAAGACUCUCAUCCUGGACGCUCUUAAAAAAGACAGCUCCAGACACUCCAAACUGGAGAAAGCGGACAUCCUGGAGAUGACCGUCAAGCACCUGAGGAACAUGCAGCGCGCGCAGAUGACCGCCGCUCUGAACGCGGACCCCACCGUGCUCGGGAAAUACCGCGCAGGCUUCAGCGAGUGCAUGAACGAGGUGACCCGUUUCUUGUCCACGUGCGAGGGCGUGAACGCCGAGGUGCGCACGCGGCUCCUGGGACACCUGGCCAGCUGCAUGAGCCAGCUGAACGCGAUGAAUUACUCGGCGCAGGCGCACGCGGGAGCCGCGCCGCCGCCGCCGCCUCCUUCCGCGACCUUCGGUCAGCCCGUGGUGCAGAUCCCCGGCGCCACGCACGUGCCUGUGCCAGUGUCGGUGCCGGCGUGCAAGAGCGCGCCUCCCCCUGGCGCGUCGCCUUCGGACGCGGCCAAGGUGUACGGAGGCUUCCAGCUCGUCCCAGCCACGGAUGGACAAUUCGCCUUCUUGAUCCCCAGCGGCGCGUUUAACCCCGGCGGCCCCGUGAUCCCGGUGUACGCGAGCGGCGCGGGCACGGGCCUCCCUUCAGCCGCCGCGUCUCCGCGCGAAGCGUCGCUCACUCCAGACUCUGUUUGGAGACCUUGGUAGAACAACCAAGAGACUCACACACACACACACACACACACACACACACAUGAAAGACUUUAACACUGUUCAUAUGCUCUAUAUUUUGUCUGUUCAUUUGUUACUUGUGUUUCUUUCUUUCUUUCUUUUUUUCUUUCUUUGGAUGGAGAUGUGUUUCACAAGAGAUUUUUUUAUGCACUAUAUUUGUACAGCUCAAAAGAAAAAGGGAGAGAAGUUCAUAUUGAAACGAGAUUUAUACUUAAUGUUUGUUUGUUGCAUUUUUUUUAGAUAUUUGCGGUAUCUUUUUUUUGUUUAAAUGUGAUGCCAAAGAUAUGUGGAAUGCGUUUUUUUCUUCUUUUUGGAAGAAAAAUAAAUUUGUUAAAAAAAUGA